CUUCCGGUUAUUGCUUGUCUUCAGGUGCUAUCACAUGAUGCUCCAACCCCUUUUUUUCUCGCACUGACGUGUCCUGGGAAGUUUGUAGUGUGAUCCGGGAACUGCUUAUACACGCACCUCCGCCCCCAUUCACAACUAGGUACCAUCUUCUUCCCUUAAAACAAACCAACAUAACCGGGGCGGCGAAAGAAAAACAACUUUUUGUGUCCCCCCCCUCCCCGUCUCGAGAUGAAAGGAAAUGUCUACGGUGCAGCUAAGGCUGGUGGAGCGUUUGACUUAGAGAACUUUCUGAAGCAGCCUCAGACUAUCGCCCGGAUAGUGAGCUGGGUCUUUUCAAUAAUUGUAUUUGGCUGCAUCACGAGCGAGGGUUACAUAAAUACACAUCAAUCUUCACAGCUGAACUGUAUCUUCAAUGAGAAUGCGAAUGCUUGUCACUAUGGUGUAGGAAUUGGUGUGAUUGCAUUUCUCCUCUGCAUUGUCUUCUUUGCUCUUGAUGUCUAUUUCCCUCGGAUCAGCAAUGCUGACCAGCGCAAGCACAUCGUUAUGGCUGACCUUGGAAUUUCAGGCUGCUGGACCUUCCUGUGGUUUGUUGGCUUUUGUUUCCUCACCAAUCAAUGGGUGUCCAGAACUACUGUUCCAGAAGUGGGUGCGGAUAGUGCACGGUCUGCCAUCGCCUUCUCGUUCUUCUCCAUUUUUAGCUGGGGAUUGCUAUCUUGCUUUGCCUACAAGAGGUAUUGCAUGGGUGCAGAGGACUUCAAAGAGAAAUAUGUGGAUCCAUCAAAUGAUUACCCUCCGUAUCCCAAUGUUACUGACAACUACCAGCAGCCGCCAUUUGGUAACGCUGCCCAGUCGGAAUCUGAGGAUUACAAGCCACCUAUGUACUAAAGCAAAGUGAGCAGUUCUGCCUGCAGCUCCUGGAGUACAAGGCAAACUGAACCAUACAACGUCAAGCAGGAAAAGACACUCGCUGUUACAAUAAUAGUUUUUAUUUCCAAUCUUGCUUUACCCCAUCGCCUCUUUUUUUUCUUUCCUCAGCUAUAAUGCCCUGACCUCUUGCCCUCCAUGAAGAUGGAACGUGUGCUGCCGGGUUUCCUGCAAUACCCACUGGCCAUCGUGUGUGUGUGUGUGUGUGUGUGUGUGUGUGUGUGUGUGUGUGUCACUGCGUCGCUAUCACCUCCUCACAGUGAAGGGAUGGCAAGUCUAUGCUUGGCAUCUGUAAGCAGCAGCCCACAGCUGCAAAGGAGAGUGUUUGACACAGCCCCACUUCCCUCCCUUCUCUUUUCAACUCUUCAAGUUAACCUUUCAACCUGAGAUCCCAUUCGUCCAAACACAAAGAUGUUGCAAGUUUCACUUUCCAGCAUUGCUCUUUCAAUCUUUACUGUUUAAAUAUUAUCAUUAUCUUGAUAAUAUUGUAUACUAACAGGAUAUUUUAAAUGUAUUCAGAACCACUUUACAGUUAUUAACUAGGUAACCAGUCUUGGUUUUAAUUGAGUUAAGAGCACUUUUUUCCACAACAUGUAAUUUACAGGCACCCAACUGUGUAUGUUGCCAGUAUAUGUUGCAAAGCCUAACCCUCAAAUUUUGGGACUAGGAUUCUCCCUUCCAUAUGCUUGGUACAUUUCCUCAUUGAUUGCAUGGGUUUGGGAACUUGCUGAUCAGAACCCUGAUUCUAAUUUUGCCAAAGGCAUCAUCAGCAAGAGCUGUUUAUAGAAAAUCAUCUUGUUCCUGUGCUGCCUGAGACACCAGAACCACCAGCUUGAUGUGAUCCCUCUUGGCUCAAACUAUUUUAAUUCUAUUUAAACUUCAAUCAAGUAUUGUCCAUCAGAUCCUCCUCCUGAAGCACUACCCAAAAAACCUUUCCUGAACAACGUGCUUUUGUGUUAGUGAAGUGCACAGGUCACUAUGCACUGACAAUUUAAAAGUUGCACCAGAGUGGUGUGAGCCACAGUCCCAAGGAAACGCUAGAGCUGCCCACAGUUGCUAAACGUGACUUGCAUUGUAAAGGGAGAGAGUUUGGCAGCAGUAGGAUAGGUAGAAAAUAGAGGCCAUGAGUGAAGUUAAAAAGUGGGUGCAAGCUCAGGGUAAAACUUCUUUUAGUGCAGCAUUAAACACUCCUGAUGACAGAAUAGUGUCAGAAAAUAUCACUUCAGCUGAAAGGAAUGAUUUUGGUUUGAAGCUUCAGGCCUCGGUUAUUAGGAACCGUUUUUACUUUGUAUUUAAACUCUGGUUAUCCAUGAUCUGUCAUCGGCUAAGGAAAUUUUGACUUGAUGUAAAAAAAAAAAAAAAUUGGAAGAAUGUUUCGUAAUUAUGUUGACGACCCUCAAUGUACCGAGUAGGGAAGGAUAAGUUUAACAUGUUCAGUCUAACAUCUGCAGAUCUUCCUGCUCUGGAAGUAAAGAUUUCAGCAAACAUUGUUCACUUCAAAGAUGGAAGGACUAUGGUGUGAUGCAAAGUUUAUUUGAGUACAUGCAGAUAUGUGAUAAUUUGUGGCAGGAGUACAAGAUGAACAACUGAAAUGUACAUAAUCUGUGUUCUAAUUGUAACUAGUUGAGAAUUACAAAAGUUGAAUUAUGGAGGCAAGAUUGGGAUUUAGAUUUAUGAUAGCCUGAGUGCAAAGGUUUAGGUGAAAUACUGACUGUGAAGAAGUGAAUUUAAGUUUGCCCAUCAACUGCGUAUGAAUUCAUUGCUGUUCUAAGAGAAGGAUUUCAGUAUAUUUAAACCCCCCACCCCUUCACACUGCAACUGUUCUGUUUAGAAAAAUUUAUGCAGAUUCUUAAUGGAGUCUGACACUUUUGAAUUUCAACAUUAGAUUUUUGAACUUGUGAAGAUUGAAUAUGUGUCACAAUCAGGGAUUGGUUGGGAAGGAUCCUGUACUUUUUUUACUUUUGCUAUGGUGAAUAUGCUCAUCAGCACUGUGUUUUUCCACAACUUAAAAAAAGACACUAUAACAGAUUCUGAUCAUUUCACUGCUGUCCUCGAGGUUAAAAUUUCCCACUGGGUUUUCCCAAUUGACAGAUCUAACUUUUGCAUCUUCCUCGUUUAUCACUGGGACUGCUAUUAAUGUUGCAGCAGAGUUUGGGAGAAAUUGUCAAUUCCAAGCAUGUAUUGCCACUCAAUAACAGACAGCCCUGCACUUUGAGCUUGCAAAAAGACUCUAUUUCAUGCCUGCGUACUUCACAAAUAUUGAAUCGUUAAAUAACCAGCAAAAGAAAUUGGAUAUGGUUUGAAGCCUUUGUGAACUUCGAAUGAUUGUUCUAUUUAACUGCACAGUGUCAUAGGGAACAGUCUUAGGAUAUUGGGGUAGAAGUUGUACCAAUCAAUUGAAUCAUGUCAUUGAUUCAUAAAUUCCUGUGUCCUGGGUAAAAGAGACCCUAAUAGAACAGUUAAAUAUCAAUAUUAUAUGAAACAUACUAUUGUGCUGCACAUCCCUGUGUUCCCUUCUGAUAGAUUCCUCAGGAAGUGGUUCCCAUUUAUUCCUAUGUGCUACACGUCCCUGGGACACCCUAGGCUGAGCCAAAAUUGAACUAGUCUUUUUGCAAAGAGUUCAACACUUGUUCUGUUUUUGCAGGGAGGUUUGAACAGCUUGUCAUCCACUGCUUAUGGCUCAGUUUAUCACAUGCAAUAGUAACCUUUUAAAGCAUUCAUGAAAAGAAAGAGCUCACCAAAUGUUGGAUGGGUGAAAUAAUUGAUCCCACAUUGAUCUUCUGGCGUUUUCAUUAUUUUGUAGCUGGAAUGUUUAGUUGGACAAUGUGGCAGGUUUUUUUUUCAUAUUGGCAGGAUGUAUAAUUGAGUAUAACCUGUGCACUUGACAUUACAGUACUGCAAGGAAUUUAUUUGAAAUUUGGCUGGAUUUCUUCAUUUCAGAUGAGUGGUGACAUGUUUAUAAGCAUCUAAACUACAUUGGAUUUGGACUAUAGCAAUACUCUGUUUAUGGAUAUAUUACGUAGAUCUUUGAACUGAGUAAGCGAUCCGAGCUGCAUGCACAGUUCGGGUUAAAGUAACCCAGGAAAGUGAAAUGUUGUGGUUAAGGACAGGGACAAACUGCAAAUCUGCUUUGGGUGGUUAAAUUGCUUAAGUGUCAGGGGUUCAAUCACUGAGGCAGAGUUACAAGGACUGGAGAAGCUCUAGACGUGUCUGUUAUUGUGAAGGCAUUAAAUCGAGGCAUCUUGUUCAGGGAAGAUGUCAAAGAUCAGAUGGCAUUCUUUCGAAGAAAAGUGCUUCUGGAGUUGUGGCCUAUUUUUUUAAAACUCUACAACUGAUCAAAAAAAUAAUUGACUCAUCCUUAACACAUUCCUGUCUUUGGGAGCUUUUGCUAUGCACAUAUUGGCUCAAUGAAAAGCAUUACAAAAUAUUCUUUUAUAAUUAAUCUGAUCUGAUACCAAACUCAAAUCAGAAGUUUUGGGUACAUGGGAGUCUAAGAUGCCAGAGGGAGAGGUCCAUUGUUCUUGUGACAAUGGUGAAACCAGCUGCAUUAUGUGUGGUGUCCAGUCUUGAUCUUGAGACUUUCAUUUGCAUUAGGAACAAAGCUUAUUUAUUUGUGAUUUAUUCCCACUGGGUUAGAAUUUCUGUAAUCUCUUCCAUCCCAAUAUGGUUUGCAACAAGAAAAAAACUGGAUCCAAUCAGUUUGAACAUCUUAAAAAGGUGUUUUCCAAUUGCCUUAGUUAAUCUUCAGAUGGUCGAAAUCUGAAAUAAAAACAAAAUGCUGGAGAAACUUAGCAGGUCCGACAGCCUCUGUGAAAACAAAGGGUUAACGUUCUGAGUCCAGUAUGACUCUUUUCUUCAGGUGUUCUGAAAACUUAUAUCAGACUCUGAAUGUUCACUGUUUCUCUCUGCAGAGAUUCUGCCAAGCCUGCUGAGUUUCACCAGUUUUUUUUUUAAAUUAAUGUUCAUUUGGGCUGGCUGGACAAUAUAUAUUCAAAAAUAAAAAGAUCAAAUUUGACAACUCUCAGAAUUGAACUUUCUUGUUCCAGAGCUGUACUUCUGCAUAAAAGCAGAAAAUACUCAGUACACCAGCCAGAAUCUAAGCAGCGACACAUUGGAUUAAUAGUUUGGAUGGCUACUGUCCUGAAUUGGCAUGGUUAACAUUUCACUUUCCUGCUAUAUAUUUUCUGUUUUUGCUCAUGUACUUUCUUUCCUCUUUAACCUCUACUUUGAGGUAUUUAUAUUUUGUGCAGAGAUGCUUUUCAAGAGCACUAGAUGAAUGGUAGGAAUGCUGGGGAGAAAAGGUGUCUGGAACAUGCAUGUCCCAGACAGAAUUAUAGCUGUAAAUAAACUCUGUUCAGGGCAGAAACAGAAGUUGCCAGAAAAGCUCAGCAGGUUUGGCAGCAUCUGUGGAGAGAAAGUCUGAGUUAACGUUUCAGGUCCUCAGACUGAAACGUUAACUCUGAUUUUGUUUUUUCUUCACAGAUGCUGCUAGACCUGCUGAGCUUUUCCAGCAACUUGUGUUUUUGUUCCUGAUUUACAGCAUCCGCAGUUCUUUUGGGUUUUGUUUUGUCUCUUCAGGGCAGCCCCUUCAGUACUGAGGAGUUGGGAGAGGUUAUUUAAUUCUCCACGUUAAAAUUAAAAUCUGUCAUUUCUGGAAUCCACCAAUAAAUUGUUACUUUCAUUAAGUUAGGUCUUUUUAGUAUCACUUCAUAUUCUGCAAUUUGUCUAAUAGCCAAAAUCACUUUUUUUUGUAAAAGGAAUCUUUUGUAUUUUUUAAAAACUACUGAAAUGAGGGCUUUUAAAAGAUGGGUUAAUAUGAUGUAGCUUUUGGUUCGUUGUGGUUUAUAUUGAUUGAAUGUUAAAUAUAAAAUAGUAAUUAACCUGGCAACCAUUGCACUGGGAAAGUGUUAUGAAUUAACUGGCAAUUUGGUGCAAGACGUCUGCAGUACAGUUGGGGCCUGCAGAUUAUUGGCAUUAAUUCAGCAUCCAAGUGGAGGGACUCUGGAUUAGACAGGUCUGUUUGUCAGCUGCGAGCAGAAACCUCUCCUGCGACUAGCUUGCACUUGGAACAGAUCACACCAAAUUGCAGCAGCACAGCCUGUGUUCCCACUGUACUGUGGUGUGCAGAGCUGUAGCACAGUAUGUAAGCUAGUGCCAAUUGUCAGUUUUUAAUCUAUUAAUUUUCACCUGAAUCCACUGUAUAAAGACUCUAACUAUACAAAGCUCGAAUGAACACUUUUUUUUUCUGCCUUUAAUAUUUAUGCACUGCUCAGUUAAAGAACUAUUGAACAGCAACUUGAUAAUAUAAUUAAUAUCUGCACUAGGAAGAUAGCUUUUGUUGAAACAAUGGGAACUUUCCAGGUUACUUAAAUUUAUAAAAUUGGGGAUCUUCUUUAACUUAAGCUAACAGCAAUAUGCUCAGUCUAUGUUCAUUGGUACAAAUACCUCUUGUACCUGACUUGUUACUAACAAUUGAAAAGUGCCAAAUGGUGAAAAGUCUAUUUCAGUUUCUGGGGAAGUGUUCUGGCUUACUUUUUUUUUAUUAUUACUGUUAGAGGGCUAUGUGGUUUUAUUUGUAUAAUAAGCCUGAGUUUUCACUUCUGAUCACUAUCCACUGAUCCUCACCAAAUUACUGAUUUUAAAGCCUUUGUGUGGGGAAGAGAUUCCUUUUAGCUGUGAUCUCUAGAAUAUUCAAACUCCAUGGACUGAUGGAUAACAGGAGCUAGUGCCUUUGGAAGAAAAAAUGUUUUUGUUUCACUUCAUGAUGGAAGAUUGUUGCAUUUUAGUUGUCAUUUGAAGUAAUAGGGACAGCAAAUGGGUGAGUAUUUAAAGAGUAAACUUUGAUUUUAAAAUAAAGUGGAUUGUACAUGUAACAACCAAAGAUUUUAUUUUGUACAGCUAAAGUAGAAGAAACUGGUGUGACCCUCUACCAUGUAUAUCUUGGUUCUCCUGCUGUGGCUUCAAAUGCCUUUGUCAUUAAUAUUGAUUGUAUUGGAGCUUACAUUGGCAUUUAUCAUUGGACUGAAGCUUUCAAAUGAAGUUAUUGAUUAUAAUGCUCAAGCCACUGUACAAAUAAACUUUUUCAAAAGUA